AUGAUCAGCUGCAUUCACGGGACACACGGAGGGAGACCCCGGGAGUUUUCCGUUUUCAUUUUUUGUCCGUUACUUUACACCACCACAAAGCUGGGCAAGCUCACAAACCGGAGGAAAUCACUGCUGUCAAAUCGACACCGACGACGGCUGGUGUUGCCCAGAGCGCGGCCCAGGCACGAGGCCACGACCGCCACAUCCGGCACCAUGAUGGAAGGGGGCAUGCAGCUGCUCAACCGUGAUGGCCACAGCAUCUCGCAUAAUUCGAAGCGCCACUACCACGACUCGUUCGUGUCCAUGAACAGGAUGCGACAGCGUGGUCUGCUGUGUGACAUUGUGCUUCAUGUCUCCAACAAAGAAAUCAAGGCGCACAAAGUGGUGCUGGCAUCCUGCAGCCCCUACUUCCACGCUAUGUUUACCAAUGAGAUGUCUGAAAGCAGGCAGACCCACGUGACCCUUCACGACAUAGAUCCUCAGGCUUUGGAGCAGUUGGUCCAAUACGCCUACACAGCAGAGAUUGUGGUCGGAGAAGGCAACGUGCAGACGUUGCUCCCAGCAGCAAGCCUGCUGCAGCUCAAUGGGGUGCGGGACGCCUGCUGUAAGUUCCUCCUCAGCCAGCUGGACCCUUCUAACUGCCUGGGCAUCAGAGGCUUCGCUGACACACACUCCUGCAGCGACCUGCUCAAGUCAGCACACAAGUAUGUCCUGCAGCACUUUGUGGAGGUGUCCAAGACAGAGGAGUUCAUGCUGCUGCCACUGAAACAGGUCCUGGAUUUGAUCUCCAGUGACAAUCUCAAUGUGCCAUCUGAAGAAGAAGUGUACCGAGCCGUGUUGAGUUGGGUGAAACAUGAUAUAGACGGACGCAGGCAACACGUACCUUGGCUGAUGAAGUGCGUGCGGCUGCCACUGUUGAGGCGAGACUUUCUGAUGAGCAACGUUGAUACGGAGCUGCUGGUGCGUCACCAUUCGGAGUGCAAGGACCUGCUGAUCGAGGCUCUAAAGUACCACCUGAUGCCUGAGCAGAGGGGAGUCCUGAGCAACAGCCGGACGCGCCCUCGACGCUGUGAGGGCGCCAGUCCUGUGCUCUUCGCGGUUGGGGGUGGCAGCCUGUUUGCCAUCCAUGGAGACUGUGAGGCGUAUGACACCAGGACAGACCGCUGGCACAUGGUGGCGUCCAUGUCCACUCGGCGGGCACGGGUGGGCGUGGCAGCCAUCGGAAACAGGCUCUAUGCUGUUGGAGGCUAUGAUGGCACCUCAGACCUUGCAACCGUGGAGUCUUAUGACCCCAUCACCAACGCCUGGCAACCGGAGGUUUCCAUGGGAACACGACGGAGCUGUUUGGGUGUAGCUGUCCUGCAUGGCCUGCUGUAUGCUGCUGGAGGUUAUGAUGGAGCUUCCUGUCUUAAUAGUGCAGAGCGUUAUGAUCCUCUCACCAGCACGUGGACCUCAAUUGCUGCCAUGAGCACUCGCAGGAGAUACGUACGAGUUGCAACUCUGGAUGGCAGCUUGUAUGCAGUGGGAGGUUACGACAGCUCCUCGCAUCUCGCAACAGUGGAGAAAUAUGACCCCCAGAGCAACACAUGGACAGCCAUCGCCAACAUGCUGAGUCGGCGCAGCAGUGCCGGGGUGGCCGUGCUGGACGGCAUGUUGUACGUCGCAGGAGGCAACGACGGCACCAGCUGUCUGAACUCUGUGGAGAGGUUCAACCCCAAGACCAACACCUGGGAGGGAGUAUCCCCCAUGAACAUACGCAGGAGCACUCAUGAUCUGGUGGCUAUGGAUGGCUGGUUAUACGCAGUGGGAGGUAACGACGGCAGCUCUAGUCUCAACUCCAUUGAAAAAUACAACCCACGCAGCAACAAAUGGGUUGCAGCCUCGUGCAUGUUCACGCGGCGGAGCAGCGUAGGCGUCGCCGUGUUGGAGCUUCUGAACUUCCCGCCUCCCUCCUCGCCCACCCUCUCGGUUUCCUCCACCAGUCUUUGACACGGGGUCACCGUUUGGCUGACCUCAGCCUCUGCUGCUACCGCCCAGACUGGCUCUGGGAAGAGACGCAACUGCUCGGUUUGAGACGAGGAAGAAGAGGAAGAGCGUUGGGAGUGGACAGGUAAAUGUAUGUAGAAAGGUGGAUGUGAAUGAGGCUCUUGGCUUGGCACGGUGCGCUUCAGAAUUAGUGGCACUCUGGUGAAAUUUAGCUAGCUACAUUUGACAAAAUACACAACAUAAAUGAUGAAUUUCGAUCUAAAACAAACUAGCAAGUUUUAAAAAAAUGAAAUAUUCCACAAGUAACUCCUCUCCUCUUUUUCUUUAAUACACUAUUGUUGUAGAAAUAUUGAUGAAUGCCAAGAAAUUGAGUUGAUAUGGAUGAAGAUGAACCUCUCAAGCCUGAUUGAUUUUUCAUAAAAGACAAAAAAUAAAUAAUAUCCGCAACAUCCUUUAAAAAAUUAAAUAAUGUUCUUAUUAUCAAAUGUGGCUGCUAUUGACCAUGGUACCAUUAAUUCUGGACUUCACUAUAUCUGGUCUGGAUGCUUUAACUCCACCGUACAGAUACCAGCUGCCACUCUCUUCAAGAUAUUCCUGGAAAAAGAUGUGUGAACAUUGAGCAGUCUUUCCUCAAACCACACUUUUUUUCCACACCACUGCAGUGUUUGACACACUUGUCGUGAAACAUGGUGGGCCUUUCAAUUCUGUUAUGUGUGAUGUAAAUGUUUUUUGGUUUGAUGUUGUCCUCUGCAAAGUUUUUCUUUGAUGUCAGGAGUUUUUUUUUUUUUUGCAAUAAUGUAUAAAAAAAAGAGAAAGUUUACUUUUGGAAUGUAGCUUUUUAGUGGUUGUACCAUGCAUGUUUACGUAUUGGCACCGAUUCCCAAAAAGAUAGGAAAAAAACCGUCGUAGUGCUGCUAUGCCACACUAGGUGGCAGUAACAGGCAAUGCUAUACACCCUUCUCAUACUGCAAGAAAGCAUGGACACCAACAACAUAGAAAAGCAGAACUGUAAAUGAGUUUGAAUCCUUUUUAUAUAUAUAUAUAUAUAUAUAAAUAGAGAGUUAUGUUGAAGUAUAUGUAUUUAUAAAAAAAUGUAUAAAUUCUAAUAUAUUCUGUUUUAAAGAUGCUUAGAGAAGGAAACAGAUCAGACCUAUGCCUAUUUAAGAUUGUUUUUAAUAUACUUAUUUAGAUGUGAUGUGCAUAUCGUCAGUGGAAAUGACAAAGAGAAUGUCUCGGUGUGAGAGCGGUAGCUGUUGAAUCUGUGUGCAUUCAGAGUUUCUCCUGGUUAAGAGGACUGACUGUUGCAUUUUGACGUGCAGCAUUUCAUUUGCAUUUCUUAAUGUUUCUUCACUGCCACAAGCAUGACCUCACACGAUACCUUACGUCCGCUACAUUUAUGAAAACGGCUUUAGUUUCCUGCAAACCUGUUGAGCAGCUAAAGAAAGAACGCUCUAUUAUCUUUAAUUCUACUUCUCAGUCAAAUAAAAACACGGAGGGGGACGUAGUUUUUCUGACAUGUGAUAGCUUACAUUUACAUCAAAGCAACAAUUACUAGUUUACCGUGAAUAUAUCAACACAUGACACUAAUGAGUAAUGUUGCUGACACUUGGUGCUGUCAUCGUCCAUCGGUGUUUUGUUACCUCAUUGUUGAAAUUGAUCCAACUCCAUUUCAAUUAAGUUAAAAUAGAAGCAACUCCAGGUAACCACUAACAUACUGGCUGUAGAACCUGUGUUGAGUGAAUUGGGAAAGUUGCCAGUCAACCUGCUAUGUCUAAAAUAAAUAUAUUGCUUUGACUCUUUUUUGUUUUUGACUCAACUGUGAGUCUGGGUUCACUUUAGUUCAUGUGCAGUGCAGUGAUAACCAUUCCAGACUUCUGAGAAGUUGCCGUUUCUCCUUAUUUUGAAGGAUUUUGUUGAUCCGGUUCUGUUUAUCUAAAACUACCUUAUGUUUCAUUUGUGUGUAAGAGUGGACGCAGUAGAAUGGGAGCUGUGAUGGCCUUAAGAGGAUGCCGUUAAACCGUAAAGUCGAUGUGAGUCAGGGACAGACUUUAAGACAAAGGCGCACAUAACCACAUAAGACUUUGGCCUCCGUUCUGUGGAUCGAAAUGUAAAUUUUAAAAAAAAGCUCAAGCUAUCUUAAAUCCAUUUGUGCAAUUUCAACGUGACUGUAGCUUUUUUUUUUUUUUUAGUUUGUGUUUAAUGUUGUGAUAAUUGUUUAUUUAUGUUUGCUAUUUAUGAUGGACUUUAAAAUGUUGAAUUUUGCACUAUUGCGAAAUGAAGCAAUACUAUACACUUUAAAAAAAUGAAAUAAAGAUGUUUUCAGAUGUGAUAUAA